AAUGAUUUUGGGAAACGCUGUUGACUUUUGUCUAUGGUACUGUGGUACAGUUGCAGGACACUUGCACAAAACUAAAUUAUAUCUGUAGAUUUAGAGAUAAUACCUAUAAGAUAUCUUCUGCUAUGGUGGUUUUAGCUAAACCACAGCAAGUGUAUAAAGUAUACGUCGAAGACAAUACUUCAACGUUUUGAUGUGAUUUGUCUAAAAUAUCAAAAUUAAUGUCCUUAAUCGUCUUGUUACAAGUUGAAUCAUAUAUUUAAAACAGCAGCCUUUUUUCUAGCUUGCAAUCCAGUGUAUACAAAUCAGUAAGAAACAAACCAAAAACAUGUUGUUGACUCUUUGCAUACAAGUUGUAAAGUUUCUUCUUCCUAUUGGUUUACUUGAUUUAUUUGCUCUUUGUACAAACCAGCUGUAUUGCUAACUGCCAAAGACCAAGUUGAUCAUCUAACCAAUAAUAAUUUUGUUGCUUCAAUGUGGGGUGUACCCAAAUAGAAAGAUCAUUAAUUUGGAUAAGAUUAUGUACUUCCAGAGUGAAAACCGUGUAAGUCUCCACUCGCAUUAACUAGAUAAUCAAUUCUGAUGUAUCCAUAGGGACCCUUUUUUCAGUGACAGAUUUCUCUCUCUCUCUCUCUCUCUCUCUCUCUCUCUCUCUGUAUAUAUAUAUAUAGUUUCUAUCUUUUUAUACAUCCCAAAUAAACGAACCCUGUUCAACAGUUCUUGUUUCUUAAAGAUGGCCACAGAAGAAGAAAUUUCAACUCUGAAACUGAUGCGCCAAUAUCUCUUGGGAGAUAUUUCAGACCCGUUUCUCACCAAUCUCAUCCCUGUAAAAGUUGAAGACUCCUCAUCAGAACUUGAUUUGGAUUCAAACUCUUCAGAACAAAGCAACUUCUGCAGGUUUCUAGAAUACUUUGAUUUUGAAGCAGACAAAAAACCGACAGAUCUCGCUUCUCAUCAUAAUAUCCAAAACUCCAUUGCUACAAGUCCACUCAAGAAUUCUGAUUUGGCAGAUCCAAUUUUGCCAGUGAAAAAGGAAGUAACAUGUUGUUAUGAGGCCAGGCGUUACAGAGGAGUGAGGAGAAGACCAUGGGGGAAGUUUGCUGCAGAAAUCCGUGACCCCAAAAGAAAAGGAAGCAGGGUGUGGCUAGGUACGUAUGACACUGAAAUUGAUGCUGCUAAGGCUUAUGAUUGUGCUGCCUUCAGAAUGAGAGGUCAAAAGGCUGUAUUGAAUUUCCCCUUGGAGGCUGGAAGGUCUCAUCCAGAACCCAACACUUCUGGCAGGAAGAGAAGAAGAGACUGCACUGCAACUGUCACAACUUCAACUCAUGUAUGUCAUGAAAAAUAACUCAGUGUAGCAUUCAGUACCAUGUUUUUUUUGUCAGUUAAAUAAGUUAAUGCAAAGGUUUCUAUCUAAAACCUUCAGUUAUGGCUAAGUGAAGCAUAUGGGGUGAAGUUGAAUUCAACACUUCUCAAAGAAACCUAGUUAUAUUUGUUCAUACAAGGCUCUAAAACU